AUGAGCGGAAUAGCGCUCAAGGUGACGUCGCUCCUUGUCCGGACGGUGGCAAAGCCUAUAGCCAACGGACUCAAGGCGCAGGCGAAAAACAACGAAGGCUUUCGAAAUGCUUGCAUCAGAAUAGCCCAGACGGUUCACUCGACCGAUGUGAGGUUGCGGAUGAAGCUCUUGGGAGAAAACAAAAUCAAAGUGCGUCCCUUGAACGACAAAAAGGCCAUCGACAGCGGGGCCAAUUUCCUUCUGGAAACAUUCAUAUUCACUGUGGCGGGACUGCUUAUAUUUUAUGAGUCGUAUCGAUCGAGACGGAAGCUGGCUGCUGAAAAGCGUAAUGUGAAGAACGACAUCAGCGAACUUCAAGACGACAUUGAAGAGGUGAAGAGUUUGCUUAAAUUGCUAUCGAAAGAAAUCGAUCACUUGCAGGAGGCCACUAAAGCAGCCGCUGAUGAAACAGCAAAACGGGUGGAGGCUUCCCGACGGGAAGCAUCCGAACCAAAGCAUGUAAAUAGAAUUGCAUAG